AUGUCCUCGUCCGCAGCCGGCUGCAUGGAGGUGGUGGCAGAGGGCCGCUUCCUGCGACUCGUGCAGCUGCAGUACACGCGGCCGCCGCGGUCAGAGGUGGUGCGGCAGUGGCAGGCGGUCGAGCGGUGCACCACAGACCGCGGGGACGGGAGCCACGGCAUCGACGCCGUCGCCGUGUUUGCCGUGGUCAAAUCCAAAACGCGGCCGCCACAGCUGGUCGUGGUAAAGCAGUUCCGGCCGCCGCUGGGAUUGACUACGAUAGAGCUACCCGCUGGGCUCGUGGACAGCGGGGAAGACCCCCAGGAGACGGCCCUGCGUGAGCUGCGGGAGGAGACGGGGUUCGCUGCCACCAGAAUCCUGGGCACCGGCGGCCGGCAGUACCUCAGCCCCGGCCUGACGAACGAGAACAUCGUGACCGUUUUUGUUGAGGUCGACGGGGACGCCUACGAGGGCGGCCAGCCCGCCCCCCAGGCUCUGGAGGAGGACGAGACCAUUGAGGUGGCCCUGCUGCCCCUGGAUGCUGACUUGGAGGGCCGCCUGCUGGCCCUGGAGGGGCAGGGCCACCCUGUGUGGGUGGGCCUCCACUCUAUCGCGCAGGGCAUGAAGCUCGGGGCCAUGUUUGGGCUGCAGCUGUGA